CAGCCCCUGAUGGUCUGUGCAGAGAGCGGUCCUAGAUCCACAACCUGAAUUGGGCAGACUCGGCAGAGUGCGAGCGCCAAUGAAUGCGCCUCUACGAACGCCCUUUCGUCUCGAAGAACGCGUCGCGGACAGCAGCUCCUGCCACAGCCGAGGGGACCAAACGGACAACGGACAGCAGCAACCUCCGCUACUUUGCGAUCGCGUUACUAUCACGCACUCUUACACCAAUUCCAACGCGCUCUGCUCAACAUAUCGGACAAUCCUCGGCAAGCUUCAGUCGAGGUUACCCGAGCUCUUCCUCGGGCAACGUAACCAAGAGGCGUGACAGGUCGAGGAAGGUCCUCUACAUCUACAUCGGUGCGGCGAUCAAGGCAUUAGCCGACGGAACAGCCGGGUCCCCGAGUAAUAAAAGCCCUUGAAAACUGCAUGUUGGACCGAUAGCCUUUCUCAGCCCCCCUCAACCAAAGAUGGCAGACUCACUCCACAACGCGCCCAUUGUGCUCGAUAAUGGGUCGGGCACCAUCCGUGCGGGGUUUGCUGGGGAGGAUGUCCCGAAAUGCCAUUUUCCCUCCUGGGUAGGGAGACCGAAACAUUUGCGUGUGCUUGCAGGCGCGUUAGAAGGCGAGGUCUUCAUCGGCCAGAAGGCCGCAACGGAACUGCGGGGGCUGCUCAAGAUUCGAUACCCCCUCGAGCACGGCAUUGUUACGGACUGGGACGACAUGGAGAAGAUCUGGGCAUAUGUAUAUGACGAGGGGUUGAAGACACUGAGCGAAGAGCAUCCCGUUCUUCUUACUGAGCCGCCCCUGAACCCACGUUCCAACCGCGACACAGCCGCCCAAAUUCUCUUUGAGACCUUCAACGUACCCGCCCUCUACACGUCCAUACAAGCCGUCCUGUCCCUGUACGCUAGCGGCCGGACAACGGGCGUGGUACUGGACGCCGGCGACGGCGUGUCACACGCCGUGCCAGUAUACCAGGGGUUUACAGUACCUAACAGCAUACGGCGGAUCGACGUGGCCGGCCGAGAUGUGACCGAGUACCUACAAACGCUGCUCCGCAAGAGCGGCUACGUGUUCCAUACAAGCGCCGAGAAGGAGGUGGUUCGGCUGAUAAAAGAGGCGGUCACCUACGUCGCCAGGGAUCCACGCAAGGAGGAGAAGGAGUGGGCGGCUGCCAAACUGGACCAAAGCAAAAUCGCCGAGUAUGUGUUGCCGGAUGGGAACAAGCUCAAGAUCGGGGCAGAACGGUUCCGUGCGCCAGAGAUCCUCUUUGACCCGGAAAUCAUUGGCCUCGAGUACCCCGGCGUGCAUCAGAUUGUGGUCGACUCGAUCAACAGGACAGAUCUCGACCUGCGAAAGGACCUGUAUUCCAACAUUGUGCUCUCCGGCGGCAGCACCCUCACCAAGGGCUUCGGCGACCGGUUGCUGUCCGAGGUGCAACGUGUCGCGGUCAAGGACAUGAGGAUAAAGAUCUUUGCCCCUCCAGAGCGCAAAUACUCGACGUGGAUCGGCGGAAGCAUUCUUGCUGGUCUCAGUACAUUCAGAAAGGUCAGUCCCUCUUCAUCUUAGCCACGGACGCCUUCGCUAAUAAGAUCCCCAUAGAUGUGGGUCAGCAUUGACGAC